CAGGAAACCAGUCACUAGGACGUAUGAUGAGUUCGAAGUCUAAAAGGAGUUGAGCAACACACACGCACACACACAAGAAGAAGUGGUGUUGUUACCCCUCUAGCAGUAUCGUCGGACGGAGGCGACUCGACACACUCCAGCAGUGCGACUUUAGGUGUCGACAUGUGGGCUCGCCUGUUAGCCGGGGCCAGGGCUUCGGGGCUCGGGCGACGGGCUUGCGGUGAACCUCGGCUGCGAGCAGCUGGAUGUGCAAGCAGGGAGCUGCAGCAAAGACAGGCUUCAUCAAGUGGAGAGGCUGCCCUGAAGAAGACACCCCUCUUUGACUUUCACAGGGCGCACGGUGGCAAAAUGGUGGAGUUUGCAGGCUGGAGUAUGCCCGUGCAGUACAAAGACAGUCACAUCAGCUCACACAUGCACACCCGAGAGCACUGCUCCAUCUUUGACGUCAGUCACAUGUUGCAGACCAAAGUCCACGGCAAAGACAGGAUCAAGUUCAUGGAGUCUCUGGUGGUGGCAGAUAUUUUUGAACUUGAAGACAACCAGGGCACCCUGUCCCUCUUCACCAAUAACAAGGGAGGGAUCAUUGAUGACCUCAUAGUGACCAAGACAAACCAGGACUACCUCUAUGUGGUUUCUAAUGCUGGCUGUGCUGACAAAGACUCUGCUCAUAUGAAGGCUAGACUUGCAGAGUUCAAGGCUUCAGGCUCAGAUGUUGACCUGGAGUUCCUGGAUGAAGCGUUGAUUGCUCUGCAAGGACCGUCCAUGUCUCGGGUGCUGCAGGAUGGCUUGAAGGAGGACCUCAGCAAGCUGACCUUCAUGACAUCUGCACUGGCCACUGUCUUUGGUGUUCCUGGCUGCAGGGUGACCAGAUGUGGAUACACUGGCGAGGACGGUGUGGAGAUCUCAGUUCCUCAGUCCAGAGUGGUGGAACUGACUGAGAAACUGCUGGCACACGGCGAGGUCAAACUGGCUGGACUGGGCGCCCGGGACAGCCUGCGACUGGAGGCGGGGCUUUGUCUCUACGGCAACGACAUUGAUGAGACGACCACGCCCGUUGAGGCCACCCUUGUGUGGACAAUAGGAAAGAGACGACGUCAGACAAAAGGCUUCCCUGGUGCUGACAUCAUCGUACCUCAAAUCAAAGCCAAGACUGCCAGGAAGAGAGUGGGCUUGGUGUCCACUGGGCCCCCUGUCAGACAACACACACCCAUACUGAGCCCUGAUGGAAAGGUCAUAGGUGAGGUGACCAGCGGCUGCCCUUCACCUUGCCUGAAAAAAAACAUCGCCAUGGGUUACGUGGACACCGCCUUUGCUAAAAUUGGGACAGCGAUUCAAGUUGAGGUCCGCAAAAAAGCUGUGCCCGCCAUCGUCUCCAAGAUGCCCUUUGUGCCCACGAACUACUAUUCUGCAUAGGAGAGACAUUCAUGUGGUACAUUUACAUGCAGCGUACAUAGUCUCAUAAACAACUCGGAGAUGCCCAGUGGCUACAUUGUGGUCGUCUUACACCAUGCAUUUUUAGGGUUAAACUGUGGCGGCAUUAUGGUGCUCAUUAUUUACCAACUGGCAGCUAGGGGCCGUGGUUUAGACCUUUUCAAGUGCCUUGCUUUUUUUCCAAACAGUUUAGGAGUUUACAGUUGGGUCAGUAAUGGGUGACAACUAGUACAUCAAAAUCACUGUCAAGUGCUGAAGCAACCACUGUUGGACCAAAAAGUCUAUUUUUAGCAUCUACUAAUAUACUCUAUAGUAAUUUAAUUCUAUUACAUUGUUUUUGUUUACGGUAUAUAACAGAAAACUACUGAUGCAAACAUGUUUUUGUACACUCUCUUAAAGGGAUAAUUUGGGUUUUUUGUAUGACAUCCCCAUCAGCAGUGUAGUGCAUCAAAAGUGACUUACCCCCCACUUUGUCCCGUGAGCCGAGUUCUGGUCGGAUUUCGGUGAUGCAAAACAUAGUUCGGGUUAGUUGCUGGGGUCACUUAAGUAAAGAGUUCGGCUUCUCAAAACUAUGUGUUCAAAAGAGUAAAUAACACAGUAAUUGUUGAUGCACUACACUGCUGAUGGGGAUUUCAGACAACUUCAUGUCAAAAAAUCUGAAUAUCCCUUUAACCUUUAUACUGUAUGUGAACAUUUACUUGAUGAAAGCAGUAUUUUGUAAUUCACUUGCAAAUAUUUAUCUUUAUUAAAGAUGAUUCCAUUAGUAUUACGCGCUCUUA